GUGCCACACAGGUACAGUACCAAUACUACUGCUGCUGCUGCUGAACACGCCGGAGAAAACGUCAAUGCUGUUUGCUUCCCUGAAUGGAUAACAUGGGACUUUAAGUAAAGAAUUUGUGUGUUGGAGACUAGCCAAUGUUGACCGUGACUUAGGUGAGGUGGAAUAACAACUCACAAAGGUGGGCAACACAUCCGAUAGUCUUCAGCCGAACACAAUGUCCUUCCUCGGGUGUGGGAGUCUCUCAGGGCCACAGCUCGCCGGGGUUAUGUUGUAAGGGCUUACUACACUGUCGGAGUCCACAUACUAAAUAAGACAGGACGUAUGAUGUGUGUAAGCCAAUCGUCGUCACAGGAUGGGAUGUGACGUCAGUAAGAGUGUUGAGGUAAAUGACGUCAUUGGUGGUGAGGACGAGGCGGCCGAUUUCUCCGACAACCAGAUAGACACUAUACGAAGCACGUGGCCGAUCCUGGCACGCGACAUGCCUGGGAUCGGAGAGAAGGUCUUCCUGAGGAUAUUCCUGGAGGAACCGAGGAUCAAAGGCGUCUUUAAGAAUUUCUCGUAUAUGGACGAAAAUAACCUGAAACAAUCGAAGAUUUUUUUGGAUCACGUGACGAAAUUCAUGCAGGUGGUCGAUUCAGUUGUGGAUAGUUUGGAGAAGCCUAAAACUGAAAUUCAACAGACAUUGCUGAUGCUUGGUGCCCGACACGCCACCUUCGACGGAUUUGACAUUGAAUAUUUCGCUGUAUAUAUAAAAGUGUUAAUGAGUGUCUGGGAGACAGCGAUUGGAGAGGAAUUUAUACCGGAAGUGCGUGAAAGUUGGAAUAUAGUGUUUACGUACAUCGUGCGUUAUCUUUGCCAAGGUUAUGAACUUUUUGUCCUUGAAAGUGAACAUGAUAAAUCGUGUAAUGGUCACUCUAGCGUGACGUAACAUUACAUGACGUCAGCAUUUCCCUGCACUACUCUAAUUGUUCGAAGUCGGACUUGAUAACAAAUCGGCAACUCAUCUAUUCAAAAUCCUAUUUUUGAGACAAAAGAAAUCUUUUAUAAAUAUAUUUCUAUGAAUAAUAGUCCGGAGUCUAUGUUCAUGCCUGGUUUAUCCUGGAUGUUAUUAAUUUUUGAUAUACAAGGUAGACAUAUUUGAACAAUAACACUUUUGUAUGUGACACACGUGUGUAGGGCUGGAUUAUGUUCACUAUUGUAGAGAUAUUUAUUUAUAUGUAGUGGAAAUGUAUCAAGAUUCUCUUACACUGUUACGCACCGAUGCUGUUGAAUAAUAGUUUUAUCAUAUAAGAUGGGAUUGGAGGAUCA